GUUGCCUCUUCGCGCUUGGAGGGCCAGCUGGAGAGCCAGCAGAAAAGUUUCGGCCUCGUCGUGGAGGCCAUCCAUCUUAUGGGUCUUGAGAGUUGCUCGUCCUCCAACAGGGCGUCUCAGCGGUCUUCUUUGCGGCCGUCGUGGGGCGUUACGAGGCUAAGCGCCUGUCACGGCGGUGCCGACAUCAUGAGCCACAUCUCCCCAUCCUUUGACCCUGGUCGGCACGAGAAAAGGCGUUCCACGAUUUCUACAUCAGCUUGGAAUGCACCUCAGCGACUCGCCGAAUCCGUUGUUCGUCUCUCUGGCUGCUCGCGUCGCUCAGGCCCCCGUACGCACGUGGAGUCGGCCCACGAGUCGAGCGAUUGCGUCCAGGACCUGCCAGCGGAUGACCUGUCGCUCGACGAACCGCCCGACAAGAACUGGGGCACUAUCCCGGAUGAGGGCGCAAAGGAGCAGCCCAACAAGGACGUCGAGUGCAUUGACGCGUCCAACGAGUGCAUCGACGCGUCUGAUGUGGACGUCGGGAGGACGUCUUCCCUCAGGUGCAAGCCUUCGAUCGUCGGCCUUCUGGCAGGGAACAUAUCGGGCGCGGCGGCGGAUCGUCGGACGGCUCGCGUGCGUCGGCGGGGAAGGUCUGCUCGGACGCCUCGCGGGCCUCGCACACCGAGUCCGAGGCGAGCCUGCCCGUGCGCCGCACGACGAGCAUGA